AAAACGAAGCGGUGUAUACUUGUCCCGAGAAGAACAAAGCUUCGGAACCCUAAAAAGGCAAUUCACUUUGCAUCGGCGCGAGACCCUUGAGGUGUACAAAUUCUUCCUCCGAAGAAACCCUAGAUCAAAAAUCUUGUUAAUCCAUGGAUGAUAGCUGUGCAGUCUGUGCUGAAACCCUUGAAUGGGUUGCCUAUGGAGCUUGUGGUCACAAAGAUGUUUGCUCUACCUGUGUUGCUCGUCUUCGAUUCAUCUGCGAUGAUCGCCGAUGUUGUAUUUGCAAAACCGAGGCUGAUGUUGUUUUUGUCACCAAGGCUCUAGGAGAUUAUACAAAUAUGAUUGGUGACUUUUCAGUAUUUCCAUCUGAACCAAAAGAAGGAAAAAGUGGUUCUUAUUGGUAUCAUGAGGACACCCAGGCUUUUUUUGAUGAUUUAGAUCAUUACAAGAUGAUCUUGGCAAUGUGCAGGCUUUCUUGUAGUGUGUGUGACAAGAUGGAAGGGCCGGAUGGUGAUGGUGUGAAGAGAAGAGCAAGGUUCAGAAAUAUUGAUCAGUUAAAAGGUCACUUAUUCCACAAGCACAAGUUGCACAUGUGCAGUUUAUGUUUGGAAGGAAGAAAGAUAUUUAUCUGUGAGCAGAAACUGUACACAAGGGCACAGCUGAAUCAGCAUAUACACACAGGUGACUCUGAGGUUGAUGGUACUGAAAGUGAAAGAGGUGGCUUCAUGGGUCAUCCUCUUUGUGAAUUCUGUAGGACCCCAUUUUAUGGUGAUAAUGAGCUGUAUUCUCACAUGUCAACUGAACAUUAUACUUGUCACAUGUGCCAGAGGCAGCACCCUGGGCAAUACGAAUACUACAAGAAUUAUGAUGACCUAGAGAUCCACUUCCGCAGAGAUCAUUUCUUAUGUGAAGACGAGAGCUGUCUUGCAAAAAAGUUUAUUGUUUUCCAAUCUGAAUCUGAGUUGAAGAGGCACAAUACUCUCGAGCAUGGAGGUCGUAUGUCACGUUCCCAACGCAGUGCUGCUUUGCAGAUACCAACGAGUUUUCGAUAUCGCCGUAGUAGUGAACAGGUUAAUCGUCGUGGAAGGGGACAAUCAUUUAGGCGUGAUAAUGCUGAGAGUGAACUCUCCAUGGCCAUUCAAGCCAGUUUAGAGACCGCUAAUGCAGAUGGAAGACUGCAUGAUACGUCAAGCAGGAGGAGGGUAGUUUCUGAUCAAACGGUAACAGAUGAUGAUGAUCUCCUUGUUCAACCCUUUGAUUCUUUGACUACUGAUUCUGAGCCAGCUUCAAGAUAUCGACAAGCUGUGUCUCAAGUUUCCAGAAAUUCUCAGCUUGAAGAGUCUUCAUUUCCUCCCCUUGCUGCGCCUCCUGCUAAUAGUCAACCAAGACCUCAGUCUGAUGCUGUACCCAAGAACACUAUGGCAUCACAUCUACGCCGGAAGCAAAACAAAAGUACAAAGCUUCCUAGUUCGUCUCCUGCAUGGCCGGCAACAACUGGUCACUCACCACCGGUAAUUGGUCAUCAGCCUGCCUGGCCUGUGAUAAGUAGUGCUUCUGGAUCAUCAUCUAAUUCCAGGCAUAGUAAGGCAGCAGCAAACAAACCUUCUGCACCAGUAAUUACCCGUGAACAAGCUUGGCCUGCUGUUAAUAGUUCUUUUGGAUCAGCAUCAGGCUCUAGCCAGAUUAAACCGUCAACAGCAGCAGAUGGACCCCCAUCAUCUAGUUAUUUGAACUCUGUUGCUUCUCGAUCUUCAUUAGCACAUGAAUCAUCUUCUAGCUCCAUUGGUUCAUCCAGGAGUUGGGCCCACAGCAAUCGAAUUAGCCAUUCCUCGUCAGCCCCAAACCUUGUUCAGAGUGGGUCUUUUGACUCUUCUACUACUGAUUUUCCUCCAGUCUCAGCUGUGCAGACUCGCAAACUUCCUGCAAGUGGCCAGCAGGCAGCCACAAAUGUGGAAGAUGUUCAAACCGCAAAUAAAUCUUUGGUAGAAAGGAUGCAUAUUGCUCUAGAUUUUGAUCAAGACAAAUUCACUGCAUUUAAGGACAUCUCUGCAGAAUAUCGUCAAGGUUUAAUUGAUGCUGAGACAUAUCUGGCAUAUGCCGCGCAGUUUGGCUUGUCACAUCUCGUUCUUGAGUUGGCUAGACUAUGCCCUGAUGCUGAGAGGCAAAAAGCAUUAAUUGACACCUAUAAUGCUAAUUUAGGAGGCACUGUCCCUAUACAGAAUCGUCAAAGUGGUGUCAAUCGCUUGAAAGAUGGUAAAAGUUCGAAGAAUGGUAAAGGCAAGUCAAUAGAUGCUGGAAGUGUUGCUUCAAAGGAUAAUGUGGCAGAUAACAUUUUAAGUACUGUGAGGAAAUUGCAGUCUAGCCAUAAGAUUCCCGAUGAUGAUGUGGAAGUUUUGUCAAGAGAUGGUUAUCGAUCUGCUAAAGGUAAAUCAAAAUUGACUCUGAAUGAAUCCGAGGAAGAAUUGAACUCCCGAGGCAAGCCUUUAAAGCUGGAUGCCCGCCAGAAUGACUUGUCUGCUAACGAUGAGUCAAAUCACAGGCCGGGGAAUAAUGAUGGGAAAGGCAAGCAGCGGAAGAAAACCUCAAAGUUUUACAGAGUUCGCUUAGGUGAUGGAUCUGUUGAAACACUUUUGAAUCUCAAUAGUUCAAACCCUGAUCUGGAUCCCGACCCAGAUCGAAAAGAGACAUCAGAUGACCAAAGUAACCCUGAAAGUUUGCCUGUGCGUGGUGUUUGGCGAAAUGGAGGUGGUCAAAAGCUUGUAGCUAUGACUUCCAAAGGUCCAAAAAAAUGAUGCAGCAGUAGGAGGUAGAGGACAACAGGACAGCGUUUUGGCUUGUAGAGAGGGAGUUUUGAUUUUCCUUUCCUCUGGACAUAUAAUUAUUUGGCACCGGCUUUUGUAGCAACUUCAACAUGAUCUGUGGCUUAUCCAUGAUUUGGAAAAGGUUCAAUCUCUCAAGUAUUUUAUGGUUUUCAAACACAGCAGUUCUGCAAUUAUAGGCUCUGUUGUUUUUGUUUCUCUCUGUUAUUGAUAGCUCCUUUCAAUUCUGCCUUAACUAUAUGCUAGUGGCACAGAUAGACAACUUCCUUAAAAGAUGGGGUUUUAAAACUGUAUAUUGUUA